UGUCAGAAACGUCGACUUCUAGCGUUUGUAAGCAGCAGGUGAUAUAGAAAAAAAAAUCAUCAAACGACACUGUUUUAUGACAAAGAAUUAGCUAAUUAUAACUCGUCUGGGAACUUUGGAUGUACGGAAACAUUUUAAUGACCGACAGGUUGCUUAUCGAGCGUAUUGAAGCCAGGAAGGGCGCUCGGUAACGGUGUCUUAACGAUGUGGAUAAUGAGUUGGCCUUGGUAACCAAGCAGCUGACAAACCACCCUGUGAAUUUGUAAACAAUGCCUUGUGUUGCACAUCAAGUUAUUAUUGUUGUCUAAUUGUGCUGAACGUUACUGUAUUUGAGAAGAGUUUGCUAGCUUACAAGGCAGUUGAGCAAGUUAUUUUAUGAGGGAGUUGUGCUUGUCCAUCACCUGAAGAUGACUUCCGCAUUGGAUGACCCAACCCUGGAGAGGCACUUCAAGGGCCACAGAGACACCAUAACAAGCAUUGACUUCAACUGUAACAUGAAACAAAUUGCGACCGGCUCCAUGGACUCCUGUCUCAUGAUCUGGAACUUGAAGCCCCAAAUGAGAGCCUAUCGGUUCGUGGGACAUAAAGACGCUGUGACGUCAGUCCAGUUCUCUCCCUCCGGACACCUGGUGGCCUCAGCUUCCAGGGACAAGACUGUCCGCCUCUGGGUGCCCAGUGUUAAGGGCGAGUCCACAGCGUUCCGAGCCCACACCGGAACGGUGCGUAGUGUCAGUUUCUCCAGUGAUGGACAGACCUUGGUCACCGCGUCCGACGACAAAACUCUCAAAGUCUGGACUGUUCACCGACAGAAGUUCCUUUUCUCUCUCAACCAACACAUCAACUGGGUCCGCUGUGCCAAGUUUUCACCAGACGGCAGGUUGAUAGUAUCGGCCAGUGACGACAAGAGCGUUAAGAUCUGGGACAAGACGAGUCAGGAGUGUAUCCACUCAUUCUAUGAACAUGGAGGGUAUGUGAACUAUGCCGACUUCCAUCCCAGUGGAACAUGCAUUGCUGCUGCUUGCACAGACAACACUGUCAAGGUCUGGGACAUCAGGACCAACAAAUUACUGCAGCAUUACCAAGUUCACAGCGGAGUAGUGAACGGGCUAUCCUUCCAUCCAUCUGGUAACUACCUGAUAACAGCCUCUAAUGACUCCACUAUGAAGAUACUGGACCUGCUGGAGGGACGGCUGCUCUACACACUGCACGGACACCAGGGCCCAGUCACAUGUGUCACGUUCUCCAGGACCGGAGACUACUUUGCCUCAGGAGGAUCUGAUGAACAGGUUAUGGUGUGGAAGACUAAUUUUAAAACAACUGACUACGGAGAAGUUCUACAGCAGACGGAGACCUGUGUCGACCUUGGAGGAGCAGCUGCAGGAGGAGGAGGAGCAGCUGCAGGAGGAGGAGGAGCAGCUGCAGGAGGAGGAGGAGGAGGAGCAGCUGCAGGAGGAGGAGCAGCGUCCUUGCUCCAUAGGCAGGAGUCGUCUGAGUCAGAGCUGUGUAACGGCCAGGGGCGGGGCUUACGUACGGAGGUGAGGAGUAGGAGUGGCAGCGUCACCCGGAGCCUGUCUUCCAGACCCACCCAGACCUCCAGGGCCCCCAGAGCCAGGCCCCCCACUGUCGAGCUGACACGCACCGAGCCUCAGCCCCAGACACAGACCCAGAGAGAAGGCAUGGUGCCUGCUGGUCUGGCCAGCACCCUGGAACACAUAGUGGCUCAACUAGAUGUUCUCACACAGACUGUGGCCAUCCUAGAACAGAGGCUGACUCUGACAGAGGACAAGCUGAAGGAGUGUAUUGACAACCAGCAUCAGAUCAACCUGCAACUCCACCGCAGGGAACCAGACCUCCAACCAAGGGAUUAACACCCAACUAGACCUCCAGACCUCCACACCACCAGAUCUCCACACCACCAGACAAGACCUCCACACCUCCAGACCUCCACACCACCAGAUCUCCACACCACCAGAUCUCCACACCACCAGACAAGACCACCAGACCUCCACACCUCCAGACCUCCACACGCCCAGACCUCCACACCACCAGACAAGACCUCCAGACCUCCACACCACCAGAUCUCCACACCACCAGACAAGACCACCAGACCUCCACACCUCCAGACCUCCACACCACCAGAUCUCCACACCACCAGACAAGACCCCCAGACCACCAGACCUCCCCACCACCAGACCUCCACACCACCAGAUCUCCACACCACCAGACCUCCAGACCUCCACACCACCAGACAAGACCUCCAGGCCAGGGACUGACACCAGAGACUAAUCCUAGCCCCGACUCCCCUAGUCAGGGGAAAAGCCCAGGUGGCACCCAGACCACUGACUCCUCCAUAGAGGGGGAGGAAGAGAGAGUGCAUUCGGAAAGUAUUCAGACCCCUUGAUUUUUUCCCCCUCGUCGAUCUACACACAAUACCCCAUAAUGGCAAUGCGGAUACAGGACUUUAGACAUUUUUUGCAUUAAAAUGUAUUUAAUAAAAUAAAAAAAACUGAA